AAAGUGAAAAAUUUGCACCAAUUCGGACCAAGAAUACCACACAUACAAAAAAAAUCUACCAAAGUCGGCCAUCUUCAAGAUCCGAAUGAACGAUAAUUUUGCGAACGCUCCCAAGCACAUAAACAUACAAUAAAUAAUAAAUUCUUCUACAGUGUUCUACAGUUAUAAGUGAUAAUACAUGCAAGUAGCGGCAUAAAGAAAGUGACAUACGAUCAAUUUCAAUAACGCAGUAUAUAAUAUACGCUUAAGAAAUUGAAAUGAGGUUCGUUUUCCAAUUAUAAGUGAAUAUCAAGAAGACUGGAAAUAAGUAUUUCAAAUCUACUUCGUGAAUAUUGAAAAACUGAUUAAAACUCUUGAAAUUGAUGUACUGUGGAUAUUUUCAGUCUCAAUGGUUUUAUUACUUCCCUAAACUUGCAAUGAUUUGGCAUUUCUCUGACUGUCGAGAUGAGUAUCAUUAUACUUUAAUUUAUGAAUAAAAAUAAAUUGUUUCAUCAGAAAGCCAAACUUGGUGAUUAUGCGACAUUUUAGAUGUCCUAUUGCUACAGCAAUUAUUCUACUAAUGCUUAUUCAACAGAACUAUAUAAGAUGUAAUUUAAAUUUUUUUUUUUUUCAUUAUAGGUGAUAAAUGUUCACAGAACCUAAUCUAUCAAUGGACGUAACAACAAUAAGCUGAUAUGUAUUUUAGAUUUAAAAGAUCGAAUUAAAUUGAACAAACGCAAUAAAUUUUUAGCUGAGCUAACACAAAUCUUACAAAAGCACUAUGCCGCCUAUUCCAAGACCUGGUAGUCUUAAAGAUCCUGAGAUUGCCGAAUUAUUUGAGAAGAAUGAUCCUGAAAAAAUAUUUGAAGAUCUUAGAGAAAUUGGUCAUGGAAGUUUUGGUGCAGUUUAUUAUGCACGUUGUCUUCUCACCAAGGAAAUUGUAGCCAUAAAAAAAAUGUCUUAUCUUGGUAAACAAACAGUUGAAAAAUGGCAGGAUAUUCUUAAAGAAAUUCGCUUUCUUAGGCAGUUGAAUCAUCCAAAUACAAUUGAAUACAAAGGAUGCUAUCUCCGAGAUCAUACUGCUUGGUUAGUGAUGGAGUAUUGCCUUGGUUCAGCUUCUGACAUAAUCGAAGUGCAUAAACGACCGUUAAAAGAAGACGAAAUUGCUGCAAUUUGUGACGGUGUAUUACGUGGCUUGCACUAUCUCCACUCACUAGGUCGAAUACAUCGCGAUGUCAAAGCUGGCAAUAUACUAUUAACAGAAAAUGGUACAGUCAAAUUGGCUGAUUUCGGUUCUGCUAGCAUCAAAUGCCCAGCAAAUAGUUUCGUUGGUACUCCUUAUUGGAUGGCACCCGAAGUUAUUUUGGCUAUGGACGAAGGACAAUAUGAUGGCAAAGUUGAUGUAUGGUCUCUAGGAAUAACAUGUAUCGAAUUGGCUGAAAGAAAACCUCCGUAUUUUAAUAUGAAUGCAAUGAGUGCACUGUAUCAUAUUGCACAAAAUGAUACACCGACAUUAAAUUCACCGGACUGGUCGGAUGUUUUUGGGCACUUUGUAGAAGUUUGUUUAACGAAAAGUCCGAAUGAACGACCAUCAUCCGGCAAGUUGUUAUCGCAUGAAUUUGUAACGCGGACAAGAUCCCCACAAGUUCUUAUUGAUCUUAUACAAAGAACAAAAGCAGCUGUUCGUGAACUUGAUAAUUUAAAUUAUCGUAAAAUGAAGAAAAUUCUUAUGAUUGAUGCAUGCGAAAGUGAGAGCACUGUUGGCGAUGUGGAUGAUACUCCUGACGAGCAAAUAGGUGGAGACAGUAGUAAAAGUAAUUCUAUAACAUCUGAGCAUUCAAUACAUUCGAUUGGGGUUUCAGCAAGUUCUCAAAGUUCAUCAACCAAUAGUUUACCGUUACCGCAUGUGGAUGCAAAUGAUUUAUCUGGAUCAAUGAAAAAUCGUCAUAAAAUGUCAGCUGGUGUUACUGCCAAUCUACUUGAGCAUGGAGCUAAUAAUUUUGCAACCAUACGAACAACAUCAAUUGUUACAAAACAGCAAAAAGAACACAUGCAGGAGGAAAUGCAUGAGCAAAUGAGUGGCUACAAGAGAAUGAGAAGAGAGCAUCAAGGGGCUCUUGUGAAACUCGAAGAACGUUGUAAAAUGGAAGUUGAAUCACACAAACAAUUAUUAGAUAAAGAAUAUGAAAGUCUUUUACAACAAUUUAGCAAGGAACUUGAAAAAUUACAAUUUAGACAUACGCAAGAAUUAGAGCGUAAAGUAAAACAAAACCAAAAUGCUGAAAAAAAACUUCAAAAAGAAAUAAUAACUCGACAAGAGGCAGAUCGUAAAGCUCUUGAAGCACAACAGAAACGUGAAUACAAAGCAUACAAAGAAAGAUGGAAAAAAGAAUUAUCUCAAGAUGAAGUCACUCCAAAGCGUCAACGUGAUGCAACACUUCAAAGUCAAAAAGAUAAUCUUCGUCAAAUGGAAGCUCACGAAGAACAGCGACUUGCUCGUGGACAACGUGAAUAUCUUGAUCUCGAGAUACGAAAGUUUCGUAGAAAAAAAUUACUUAUUUUUCAUAGUCUUGAGCAAGAAUUAUUACGUGAAGAACUAAACAAACGACAGCAACAAUUAGAACAAGCACAUGCAAUGUUGCUAAGACAUCAUGAAAAAACUCAAGAAUUGGAGUACCGACAACAAAGAGCAGUUCACUCAUUGCGAGAAGAACAAGUGCAACGACAGCAUGCUACAGAAUUAUGUAAUCAACAAGAUUAUAUGCAGCGUGCAGAACGAGAUUUGCGAAAAAAACAUGCACUCGAGCUCAAACAACAACCCAAAAGCUUAAAACAAAAAGAAAUGCAAAUAAGAAAGCAAUUUCGAGAAACAUGCAAAAUACAAACACGGCAAUAUAAAGCAUUGAAAGCUCAAAUAUUACAAACAACUCCGAAAGAUGAACAAAAAGCUGUUAUUAAAAAAUUAAAAGAAGAACAAAGACGAAAACUAGCAUUACUUGGGGAUCAGUAUGAGCAAAGUAUUGCUGAAAUGUUACAGAAACAAAGUAUACGGUUAGAUGAGUCUCAAGAAGUUGAAUGUCAUCAUCUGAAGGAAAGACUUAAUUAUGAAUUGGAAAUUUUAAUGGCUUAUCAAUCAAAGAAUAAAAUGCAAGCUGAAGCUCAAAGAAAUCGUGAACGUCGAGAAUUGGAAGAUCGUGUUUCUGUUCGACGAGCCCUUCUUGAGCAAAAAAUGGAACUUGAAACUCAAGAGUUUCUUCAAGGACGUAGCGACAGAAUACGUUUGCUGCAUGAAAAACAAGAACGAGAAUUACAACAGUUUGACGAAGAAAGUGCUAGAAUUGGCUUCAGUGCUUUAGCAAUAGCAGAAGCAUCAAAGGAAUCAUAUCCAGAUGACGAAAGUCUUAGUGGCUCUGUGCUCAGCCUGGCCCACAGCAAUAGCUCCACCUCUUUUCCCCCAAAUAGCCUCUAAUUUUUUUGUAUCAAUAAGUAAUUCACCAAUGUAACAUUACGAAAAAUUCCAUCGGAACUGCGUCAUUAUUUAAUACAAUUCAAUAUAAUAUAUAAUACAUAUUAUAGUACUGUAUAAAUAUUUAUAUUGUUCUUUUAUAAAAUUUUAUUAAUUUGAAUAACUUGUCUGAAGUUUACUAUCUGUUGAAAAAUCUUGCUUAAUGCACAAAAGUAAACUUUUUACAAUAUUAUUAUUGGAGUAGCACUUUUAUUCAAAAAAUAAAAUGUUAUUAAAAGUACUUUCUUUUUCUUUUUUUAACAUAGUGUAGCCAAUUAUAAUUACACAAAGUUUAGAUGAUGAUAACGCUUUGUUUUUUUUCCUGUUAAAUUCAAAUUUUUUCAAAUAUGUUUUCUAAUGAAUGGUGGAAUCCAACGCAAAUGUUUAUAAAUUUAAUUGAUAUAACAACGGCGCAAGAAGAACAAAUGGUUUUUUUUUUUUUUCUGUUUAUUUAUUUUGAGUCCAAUCCAAUAAAGGUACGGUUUGUCCAUCUCAGUUUAGCUCGAACGAUAUGAACAAUAAUUCAGCAAGUAACGAUAACUAACAGUGGAG